AUGAACCACCUCACUCCCCUCUUUCAGUCUCAGCCUAUCCCAGCCUCGAGGUCACCGGAAACAGCCACGAAACAGAGCGGUUUGGACAGUUUUUUACGGAAUUUCACAGAGCUCGUUCGGACACCUCCGGCCACCAAAUCGGACGAGAUAGGAGUCUUCAGCCGAGAUGUUGAGAUUUUCCGACGAAGUGUUAUCACUUUGAGCAACCACGCGCUGCCAGCGCGUGGAAACUGUAGCAGUGAGGCAUUGUGUCCCAAUGUGAUCCUCUUGUUGUCACAAGCUCGGAGGAAUUCGCGGAUAUCAAUUCGGAUAACGUUUGAACCCCGAACGGAUCUCGCCUAG